UGCCGCAGCUUUUUGAAGACUCGCAUUAGUCUUCCCUUCACCAGACUGACAGGUUUCCUCUUCGAGUCACUAACUGAUGGGAAGCCACAGCACCAUGUCCUCCUCUCUGUAUAGUUCCAAGUAUGUCAGCUGGUAUGUGGACAUAGUGGAGUCAAAAAGCCCUGCAAUGGCAUCUACAGAAACUGACAGAGCAGAAGCAAAUUCAUCAUCUUCCCAUCACCACCAGCAGACAAAAGUCAAUUGCCUCAAUUUUAAAUCUUUCCUUGACUCCAAGUCAGACAGACUCAGCCACAGCAGUGAGGGUUUGAGUGAUGAGUGUAAGAAAGGCAACAUAGUAUUGACAGAUACUGACAUCCAGAGCAAAGAGGAACUUUCUCUUUUGGAUCCAGAGGAUAAAAAAUUCCACCUUCCCCGGAGCAGUCCGGUCAUUUCCAGACGCAGCAGGCCCAUCUCCUGGCACGGAGGAGUAAAUGAUACAUCUAGUCCCAGCUCGGACCCACCAUCUCCUGUCUUUGGUUCACCGUCUCUGGGUCCCCAGGAGUGGUCGACAUCCAGCAGUGGGGAGGAUCUGGAAUCCAAACCGAGCUCCUAUCAGUUGUCAUUUGCAGUGGAGAUGGCUAAAAAGCAAAGCUCUACCUCUAUCUCAUCAAAUCUGAAACGGCUUCUGACUCCCAGCCUCCACCUUCCCUACAGUGGUCAGCAGGGAUUAGCUGAGGAGCAUAAAAGGCGGACCCAGAGUAGUUGCAUUCCCAACAACACACCAGGAUGUGCUACCUCAACACAACAAAGCAAAGAAAGAAGCAGCAGUGAUAUCCCAGCAUCCCCUGCAGAGAUCUACAAGACCAGUUGUGAACUGGAAAAGGAAAACGCUCAUUUUAUUGUGGUGGACAUGGUGCUGGAGAUGCUCGAAAAUGCAAAAUGGACUCUUAGCUUAGAUCAGUGGCGUUCCACGAUGGACACAAACUGCCUGAUGUGCAAGGAAAGACAUAAAAGCUCUGCACAGGAGAGUUCGCCACAGAAGCAGACAUUUAGAUUACACAGGCAUAAAGUAAAGUACAGCAGAGUUGAUCCUAGACGAGAGAGAUACAAGCGAAGACAUCUUGAUGAAGACAUGAAGAUGUCACACAGAGAAACACACCCAUGUGUAGAGCAGCAAACACAGGACAAAGCGGAGGAGGAAGCAGGGAAGGAUGAGCCUAAACAUCAAAUGAAAACUCUGUCUGUGCUCUCCACUGACAGCGGAUUCGAAGACUGUGGAGUUGAUCAUACACUAACUCAGAGAGAGUCUCUAAAAAAUGCUGAGCAGCUAGCCCAGCAGCUGGUGUUGGAUUUCAAAAAAAGUUGGCUCCCUUCUACUGAGCUUCAGCGUGGCCGGCAAAGCCUUCGCAGCUCGCUUCAGGAGCUGCCGGGUACAGAAAAUGUGGCGGUGAGCAGCGAUAGCCUGACAGAAGAGAUCCGACAGCGUACCAGGAUGAGAGGAUCCCUGAGCUGGGCACCACCACGUUUCCAGAUCAUCUUCACGGUCCAGCCAACGCACAGACGAAGCGAAGUAGUGGCUUCGCAACACUUCCUGUGUGCAGGUUGUGGGACCGAGGUGGAGCCCAGGUACAUCAAGAAACUGCGGUACUGUGAAUACCUCGGCAGAUAUUUCUGUGACUGCUGUCACAGCGGCUCAGAGGCUGUGAUUCCGGGUCGAGUACUGUCCUGCUGGGAUUUUGGCAGGUACCCUGUGAGUGAUUUCUCCAAACAGCUGCUGGAUUCAGUGUGGCAGCAGCCUCUGUUUGACCUGACCUGUGUUGGUAAAAAUCUGUACAGUAAAGUGAAAGAACUGGACAGGUUUAGGGAGGUGCAGGAUCAGCUGCUGGGAAUCAAGAAGCUGCUAAAAGCCUGCAGAUUAUCACAAAGUGUGCUGGCUGAGCUGGAGCAUCUCCCUGCUCAUCUGAGGGAGCAGUCAAACCUCUUCUCCAUGGAUGACCUACAGAAGGUGAAGAAGGGUCAGCUGGUUCCACAGGCCAAAGCAGUGCUGCAGUCUGCCAUUACUCAUGUGGAAAACUGUGAGCUGUGUCUUGCCCGAGGUUUUAUCUGUGAGUUUUGCAGAGAGAAAGACAUCAUCUUUCCUUUUCAGACAGACAUAUGUAAACGCUGUCCAGAGUGCAAAGCCUGCUUUCACAAAAAGUGUUUUGUGGUGAAAAAGUGUCCAAAAUGUGCACGGAUCCAGUCUCGGAAAGACCGUCGGAAUGAAUCCAUGAAGAGUGACACCUGAAGCUGCAGCAGUUCUGUGUUGCAGUGGUUCAUUUAACACUUUUUAGCUGCAUUUUCUUUUCUGUAACUUCACAUAAAAACACUUUUAAUAUGUCAGUAAGUUUCUGCUCUCUCAUCCUGCUUAUCUCUUACUACUUAAACCACACUGUUAAACAUGCAUAUUCCUUUACAUGACUUAAUAUUUCCUAUGGAAAUUUGAUCGGCACGAGAGUGAUUGUACCUCAAAAAACAAGAUAAAGCACUUAAAUUAUGCAAAA